AUGAAAGACAAGUUAAAAGUCAACAAGGACUCUCCAGCAAAGGUCACAGAUGAGGUCAAGAUGGAUGAGGUCAAGAUUGAGGAGAUGAAGUGGAACCAGAAUAGACGUUCUAAAGAAGACACAACGCGAACCCCCAGUCCUCUAUCGGACCGCACCCAGAGUCCUUCAUCAGACCUGGGGGUCGAGCAUGAAACCUCCGAAGCCCAGCCCUCCCCUGCAAGGGUCAAGUUUGACACCAAGCCCCCAACUGCAGCAGAGUCAAGACCAUCGCCCAAGGAAGGCAAGCCGAAGACAGACAAAGAGCGGGAGAUGGAGGAAUACAAGGCGAAGCUGGCGGAGAAAAGCGACGUGUGGCCAGAGAGAAGGCUGAACGAGAGGCCGAGAUUGAGAGACUGCGACAGGAGGAAACAGCAUUCAAAGAAGCCAGGAGGAGUGAAACUUAAUUUAUCCACAAUGAACAGAAGUAGAGGAUCAAUUUUUAGUUCUCUCCCCUAUUUACUCGUCACAGACGGCAGGAGGAAGAACGUGAGAGACUUGAGGAGGAGAAGAGAACAGCGAAGGGAGGAGGAGGAGGCACUGAGACUGGCGGCCGAGGCUCGCAGGCAGGAGGAGGAGAGACUGCAGCGCGCCAUUGAGACAGAGGAGAAACGCAGGCGUGAGGAGGCAGAACGGCAGGAGCAGGAACGUGUUGCUCGCGAGGAGGCCGACAGAAAGGCGAAGGAAGAAGCUGAAAGACGAGAGAAGGAAAUGUCUGAGAGGGCCAAACGUGAGGAGGAGGAACGGACUGAACGACGCAAGAGGCUGGAGAUGAUCAUGAAGAGAGUGAAGACAGACACACCAACCACCACCCCUGAGAAAGGAAGGAAUGAGUCUCCUACCCGUGUUAUAACUGGGUCGUCCAGUAGAACCAGUCUGGUGUCAUCUGAAGAUGAAAAGUCAGACGAGGUCGACAAAGACGAAAAACCCGACGGACUUUUACGAGCAGAAGAGAAAACCGAGGAUGCCCCUAAAUUCAAGUCACCUUUACUUCAGAAGUUGACGGAUAAAUCUCAAAAUGUUGAUUCUGGCACACCGAAAUUCAAAUCCCCACUUCUGCAAAGCAUUAUGGGUAAGACAAAAAUCGGGGCUAGGUUGUCGGGUACGCGUUUAGAAGAAAUGGACAAAAGUACUGAAAACUUAACAGAGUCGAAAAGCUCAGAAAGAUUGUCCGAGAAAGAAUCGUCCGAGAAAGAAGACUCGGAUAAAGACAAAGACACUCUCGAGCCUCAGACCAAUGGUGUAGACUCUUCACAAAAUAUAGACAGUGUAGAAGAAGACACCGACUUUGUUGCAAAGAUGGAUUUUGAUGCCCAUGAGAAUGUGCCAGUCAGUGUUACAUCGCUAGAGGGCAAAUACAGAAUACAGAGUGACAGUAUGGUAGGCAGUGCACCGAACACGGACGGUAUUACGGAUUCCCAGAUGCUGAUUGGUUCCACUGCAGACAGUGCUGUCUGCCUGUCAUUCACUAACGGGAUAACCACCUCACAGAAUGGGGAUAUCCAUAUAGAGCAGAGAGGGAUCACAGAUUCUAAGGAAUUUAUAGAUUCAAGUAUAAGUGUGCGGACUGUAGACUCCCCAGACAGUCCAAGCCAUUCAGAGUCCUCUGUGGACGAGACGCUUGAAGAGGAAUCCCGGCUGACCCCGCCCCCUUCUGACUCCGCCCUCUUCGAAGAGGUCAUUGACCUCUCCCGCCUUCCCAGUAAGCCCCUGAAAUCUGGGACGGGGCCACGCAGUGAGAACCUAUUGAACCACAGUGGUGAUCAUAGUGGCCAUAGUUACCACGUGGACCAUUUUGGUGUCCUUGACAACGGCCACUUUGACCAGGAGGAGGAUUCGGGCUCACAUGUGCCGCUAGUGAGACCCAUCAUUGCUUUCGAUGAUAAUGCAGCAAGACAAGACGUCCCAGACCUUUUGUCAUGAGGACAUAACUGCAGAUGUCAACACAUCCAUGAUAACUGCAAAGCUUUCAUCCAGUCAGCACACAGAAUCUGUCAUGGACAAACACGACUCCAUCGGCGCAUCACAACACUUGCUGCAUGUGAAUGACACGCGCAACUCUAGCAAAUCUAGCACUUUGAAUUUCAAAUACAUCUCCAUAGCGAAAGCCAGUGACAACUUUAAGUAUGUGAAUGCCAACGGGAACUCUAGCGAAACACAUAGUGCAAGAAACAGUUACAAUUCAUCCAGUCACAGUCUCGUUCAUGUUGAUGACGAUUUUUUAGAGCAUUUCAAUGAUCUGUGGCGUAAGGCGGAGUCCUUAAUGGGGGACCGUUUCCUGGAGACGUGUAAAGUGCUUGAGCUGUUUGGGAUAGGGGAUGGGGAAGAGGACAGUGACACAGAGGAGGGGCAGCUGUGGAGGAUGAUACAAGGGGAGGCACCGUACACACUCAAUCUUGUAUGACUAGGACCUGAGACUGUAAUUUGGAGAUAUGCGUAUCGUAUGCUUCGAAUCUUUGAGUCUUUUAUUGAGGGAUGUGACAAUAUGCAAUCCCCUUAACAUCGCUAGUCUGUUUGAAAAUAAUUUGCAUGCUAUGACAGCUUUGUAUUCAAGUCUGUCAAUAAUAAUUGCAACUGAGCAUUAAGGUUUUUGUCGCAAAACUUAAAUGACAAUUUAAUAAGGUAAAGGAGAGUUUCACCUUCUGUAAUAAGUGAUGAGAGCAUUAUUUUUAAUAAACAUGGGUUGUUUAUCAAAUUAUUUGUAUUCACUGAAAUUGCUAAAAUUUAAAGAGUUGUAUACCCAUGUAAAACUGAUCAACAAAAAUGAGCAUUUCAUGUUUUUGUUGUUGGGCACAAGGCAGCAAUGUAUGCUAAAAUUUCAUGUUAAAUAUUUAACAUUAAGAACACCAUUAAACUCUGAUUCACUUAAGAUUUUACGAUUUUAUUUUGCAUAAGACACAAUGCAUCUGAUAAAAGGCUUUCAUUUACAAUAACAACAGCACAACACACAGAAAGGUGCUUCAAACUAUAGAAUCUAAAAAUAUAGUGUGUGAGGUGCUCUCCCUUGAAUUGUUCUUCAUGGGCCAAAAGACUGAAGUUACCUCCCCUAGGUGAAAUGUUGUGUUCUAUUUAUAUUUCUGUGAUCGAAAGAGUGAUAUAGUUUUAUUCGGAGUUUCCUCUUGAUUUGGAAGUCUCUUAGGUUGUUUUCUACUGCUUUGUGCUGAUCUGUCUUUGACAUUAGGCUGACAUGGCGUUGUUUACCUGAUAAGGAGAUUGUUGUGAAACCAAAUGGUUACAAAAUUAGGUAUUUUGUUCUACCAAUGUAUCCAAUGUUAGUAAUAAUGUUAUAGGGUUAAGUUAUCUUUUAUCUUUAUGACAAUUUUUGAUUGCACAAAUAGCAAACUUAAAGAAUUAUUCCAGGUAUAAGUUCGCCAUAGCAGAGGAGAUCACCAGUUGAUCUUCAAUUUUAAGCCAAAAACAUGCAAAAUGUUUUAAUGAUUAAAAUAUUGUUUAUGGAAAUUGAUUUGCUUAGUAGAUAGAUCUACUUUGCAUUGCUUACUCAACAUGUCUUUAUCAGGCAAACAACAACAUGAUCAUGUUAAUAAUGGUUUAUAUUGUUGUACUUUGUUUGCUUCUCAGUGUACAGUGUAUGGUAUCCUGUUAUUGAUUGUUGCUUGUGAUUAAGAAAUUACUGUACAACUAUUAAGCAGGGUCUGACCACUGGUAUGAAAUCAAAUAUUUGUAGUCAUGGAAUUUUUACCAAUUAAUAUGUGUUUUCACAUUAUUUAUAAAGAAUUUGUCCACAUAGCAGAAUUUAUUACUUAACAGUUUUGUAGUUCUUUAUUCUAUGACAUUAAUGAUAAAUCUGUUUCAUUGAAGUUCCUAAAUGUGUAUUGUGUGAAAAGAUAAUAUCUUAUUAUUCUGCAAAUAUGUGUCCAAUGUCUACGACAAAUGUCCGCUCAUUUUCCAUAUAAUAGUUGUUUGAUUUAGUUUGACCUCACUUAUGUUCAUGUUAUUUCAUUACAUAUUAACCAGUUACAUACUUUUUAUUUGUCUCUUAAUAUUGUUUUUUUUUAUGUCGUAAUAAGCGUGUAGGCCUUUUGUAAGAUUAAGCAUCUUUGAAAACCCAUUUUUUUUACAAUUUUAUACCAUUUAUAUAGAAAAUUUUUCCCUGUUUUCUUAAUUUAUCCAAAAUGCAACUUUAGAAUAUUGUAAUCUCAAAUUUCAUGUAAGUGAUGUGUUUUAUCAAACAUAAAAUGUUGUAGCACACUCUUUUCCAGUAAUAUUUAUUAACAUGUAGAUUAUUUAUGACCAAUUUAAAAGAUGGUUUGUAGAAAUACAAUGUUACUGUAAGGCAGAAAUAGUUUAUGGCUAUCCUACACUUAUUACAGCAUAGCUUUUUCAGUUGAACAAGUAAAAUGACUUUCCAUUGAUAAAUGCUAUACAUGAAUUUAUUUUGUACGCUUGUAUUUAUAGUUUUUCGUAAAUGCUUCUAAUGAGUCAAAAGAGAAGCAUGGGUCCAUUGACAGAUUUAUUUGUUAUGUAAUAACAAAAAAAAGAUGUAUAAAAUCAAUAGCAGUGGAUGAGAAGGCAAUGCAUCAUGGCAAAGUUUCGAUCAAGCUUGUUCGAUAACCACUCACUUAUUGUCUGCAGUCUCCCUCCUCUGUUUGGUUGGAUUGAGCUUGGCUUUAAUGCAUCCAGACAUUUUCGGUGUCAAUAGUUAAAGGCGGUUAAGAGUUUUGAGUUCCCAUUUUAUUUUCUAUUCUUAUUAGAGUUUUCUUCCUUCCUAUAGAAGGGCCUUUAUGUUUUGAACAGUUGUUGCUAUCUUGAGUUAAAAAUAAUGCAUUGCAGUUAUGCUAACAUUAAAUAAAAUAUUCUAAGUGUUUGAUUAUAAAGAUUCAUGUUGGCAAAACAUCAUGGUUUCAGUGGGACUGUAAAUUUGUUUGAUCCAAUUUUAAUUACAUGUUGUAUAUGUAGUGUUUCUAUACAACUGCCUAUAUUUGGUAUCGAAUAUUAUAUAAACUGAUUUAAAUCAGUUCGCUGUUGAUUUUAUUUUUCUCUGCCUUUUUGUUCUCUAAAUGAGCUUACAAAUCAUUCCAUGAUUGUUUAUUUGUUCUGCUUAGUUGUGUUUAAUUGCUUUGAUAAAAAAUCUUUAAAUUAUGUUGCUGCUUUUAGAAAAUAUUAUUGCAUUUCUAACUAUCUAACUAUCUAUUGCAGUUUGCUGCACUUAAACAAUUCAUAACUUUUCUUUAUUUUUUGAGUUCUUUUAUGUUAGUUCAAAUAUCAUUUGUAUGUUUGCAAUCGGAAGUUGUGACUAUUUAGUCUAGCUAGUAAUGAUUUGCCAAGGUUUGACUUUCUGUUGACAAUUUUUCGCAAAAGGAGGGAGACAUGGCAGACAAUGUGGAAAUGAUGAUAACAAAUAAUAUGCAUUUUGAAAAAUGAAAUUGAAAUAUUUUAUGAUAGCAAGUUGUAUCGUAGAACUUGCCUGGACUAUUUUGUUUUUGCAAAAUAAUUAGGAGUGUUUAAAGUUCAGAAUACUUUCAACUGACAUGGGUAGUAUAUUCAGAUAUCUUCAUUUUGUUUGCAACAUGACUAAUAUGCAUUCAAACAACAAUUUGUUACUUUAAAUUGCAUUUCCAGUUUAGAUUUUUUUCUUAUUUUGAAAAUCAACAUGAAGAUGACCCUUCUUGUACAAAAGUGGUCUUCGAACAGUGAAAGUGGCUUCAUUACACGGGCACAAAAUAGUUUGGAGCCAUACUUGAUUACUGGUACAUAUUCUGAGCAGUAUGUGAGUUGUAUCUGUACUUGCAAAAUUUAUUGCAAGUUUUUCAAAUACUGAGAAUGAGCCAUGCCAUUCUACAAUGGUAAGUCUGUUAUUUCUUGCACAUAACUUUAUGCGAUGUAAACUAUUUGUGUAUUGUUUCAGUAAAGUGAAAGAAGAUAAUAGUAGAA